AUGGCCCGGGAAACUGCUCGGGGUUUGCGCGGGGUCGAGUCGCAGAUGAAAAACAAGACGAGCUACGAGUACGUCGAGAAAAUCACUGCUCCGGAAACCUGGUGCUGGCGAAACUGCCCUUACGAUACACCGUGGAUACAGACACAGUACAAUCUGCUCGGCAUCGAGGCGCCGAAAAAGCAUUCCAUGUCAGAUUAUGGAAUGUCUUCGAGGCUCGAGAGGGACCGACAUGAGAAUUUUGCUCUGUUAGCCUUUGAUGAUGCUUACUACAGGCUUGCUGGCAAUGUUUGA